UCUCUCUCUCUCCCCCCCUCCUGUGUUUCUCUCUCUCUCUCCCCCCCCCUCCCGUGUUUCUCUCUUCGUCUUUCUCUCCGGUCAUCAUGGCUGACAUCAAAUCGGGAAUCUUCGCUAAAAACGUUCAGAAGCGGAUUAAUCGCGCUCAGGAGAAGGUACUCCAGAAACUGGGGAAGGCGGAUGAGACCAAAGAUGAGCAGUUUGAACAAGUUGUCAUCAACUUCAGGAGACAAGAGUCUGAGGGCUCCAGGCUGCAGAGGGAGAUGAAGGCGUACAUGGCUGCCAUCAAAGGGAUGCAACAAGCCUCAAUCAAUCUAAGUCAGUCUCUGCACGAAGUGUACGAACCAGACUGGCAUGGAAAAGAUGACGUCUUGACCAUUGGAAAGGACUGUGAUGCGUUAUGGGAAGACUUCCAUAACAAAGUGGUAGACUCAACUCUUCUCAACCUUGAUGAAUAUCUGCUACACUUCCCAGAUCUCAAGAACCGUGUGGCCAAGAGAAGUCGAAAGCUCAUAGACUAUGACAGCGCUCGCCAUCAUGUGGAAACCCUGCAAGCUUCUGGGAUGAAGAAUGACCGCAAAAUGAUGAAGGCGGAGGAAGAGCUGAAACAGGCCCAAAAAGUCUUUGAUGAGCUGAACGUUAGUCUCCAGGAUGAGUUACCGACUCUGUGGGAUAGCCGAAUUGACUUCUACAUCACUGUCUUCAAGAGUGUGACAAGCCUAGAGGCCAGGUUUCACCGUGAGAUAUCUUUGAUAUGUAAACAACUUUACGAAGUGAUGACCAAACUUGGUGAACAGCACUCAGACAAAAUGUUCACCAUUCAAGGUGCUCCCAGUGAUUCUGGGCCACUGCGACUUGCCAGAACCCCAUCACCUCCUGAAGAUGAAAGUCCAGCUGAGACUCCUGAUGUCAGUUCCAACCACAUGCUCCAGUCCAUCUCACCUGGACCUCCACGCUCUAAGUCUCCUUCACAGCUUAAAAAGAGCCCACCAGUCCCCCCACCACCAAAGGUCACACCCACUAAGGAGGUGGCUGAAGAACAGAUUAUUGACUUGUUUGGAGGCGAAUUCUUACCAGCACCAUCUCCAUCACAGCCCAAUGAGAGACCAGGAGAAUCACUUUUGGACUUGGACUUUGAUGCCUUUCAGCCAGAUGAGAGUGUUUCACCAAUACCACAGACUGCUGUACCCUGGGACAUGUGGUCGGCAAGCAGCCAAACAGGCCAGUCUGCUACAGAUGCUGGCUUUGUGGCUGACUGGUCUGCAGAUUUUGGAUCAAUGACAGUGGAUGAAGAUGUUGCUGCAGGGCCAGAGGAAGUGCAGGGUGGAGAACAGGGUGGAGGCCAUGGCUGGCUUCCUGCUGGAGAUACAGCUACUCUGUCUCAGACACAAGCCAUUGAGCCACACACAGCAGCUGGAGAUGAGGUUAGUAGCUGGGAACCCAACAUUCAGGCUGAGCCCCACACUGACCUCUCUGCAGUCAAAGGGUAUUCCAUGAAGGAAGGGUUGGAAGUGUCAGGGGAAGGUGGGACAUGGCAGGAGGACAGAAGACAGUCCACUCCAGGAUUUAUCUUUUCCAAUGAAUACGGUGAACAGAUUGAAGAUACCACAGACAACAGUGGAGACAAGUUGUGCAGGUCUCCUGAUGGCUCUGGCUGUGAAUAUGAAACAGCUGAGGAGUGGGGCAAUGUAGGUCAGAGUGGCAUCUCGAUGAACACAGGUGAUAAACAUCUAUGUGAAGAUUGGGGGGUACAUUGGUUUGACACAGAAGAGCUACAAGAGAGACACGAAGCAGAGAAAAACUAUCCUUCAAAUAAAGGACAGCUGUCUGAGACUCAACUUGAGAUUACAUCUGUUGAUCCCAAUCAUUUAGAGAAUGCUUCAGAGCUGGCAGAUAAAAAUGUGUUUUCAACAGAUCUCAUCAGUGCAACUCAGACAGGAAGUGCGUUUGAAUCAGAUCCUUUUGCUGAAGCACAGGAAGGAGGUGCGUUUGAAUCAGAUCCUUUUGCUGAAGCACAGGAAGGAGGUGCGUUUGAAUCAGAUCCUUUUGCUGAAGCACAGGAAGGAGGUGCGUUCGAAUCAGAUCCUUUUGUUGAAGCACAGGAAGGAGGUGCGUUUGAAUUAGAUCCUUUUGCUGAAGCACAGGAAGGAGGUACGUUUGAAUCAGAUCCUUUUGCUGAAGCACAGGAAGGAGGUGCGUUUGAAUCAGAUCCUUUUGUUGAAGCACAGGAAGGAGGUGCGUUUGAAUCAGAUCCUUUUGUUGAAGCACAGGAAGGAGGUAUGUUUGAAUCAGAUACUUUUGCUGAAGCACAGGAAGGAGGUGCGUUUGAAUCAGAUCCUUUUGUUGAAGCAAAGGAAGGAGGUGCGUUUGAAUCAGAUCCUUUUGCUGAAGCACAGGAAGGAGCUGCGUUUGAAUCAGAUACUUUUGCUGAAGCACAGGAAGGAGGUGCGUUUGAAUCAGAUCCUUUUGUUGAAGCAAAGGAAGGAGGUGCGUUUGAAUCAGAUCCUUUUGCUGAAGCACAGGAAGGAGGUGCGUUUGAAUCAGAUCCUUUUGUUGAAGCACAGGAAGGAGGUGCGUUUGAAUCAGAUCCUUUUGCUGAAGCACAGGAAGGAGGUGCGUUUGAAUCAGAUCCUUUUGCUGAAGCACAGGAAGGAGGUGCGUUUGAAUCAGAUCCUUUUGCUGAAGCACAGGAAGGAGGUGCGUUCGAAUCAGAUCCUUUUGUUGAAGCACAGGAAGGAGGUGCGUUUGAAUUAGAUCCUUUUGCUGAAGCACAGGAAGGAGGUACGUUUGAAUCAGAUCCUUUUGCUGAAGCACAGGAAGGAGGUGCGAAGGAGGUGCGUUUGAAUCAGAUCCUUUUGUUGAAGCAAAGGAAGGAGGUGCGUUUGAAUCAGAUCCUUUUGCUGAAGCACAGGAAGGAGCUGCGUUUGAAUCAGAUACUUUUGCUGAAGCACAGGAAGGAGGUGCGUUUGAAUCAGAUCCUUUUGUUGAAGCAAAGGAAGGAGGUGCGUUUGAAUCAGAUCCUUUUGCUGAAGCACAGGAAGGAGGUGCGUUCGAAUCAGAUCCUUUUGUUGAAGCACAGGAAGGAGGUGCGUUUGAAUCAGAUCCUUUUGCUGAAGCACAGGAAGGAGGUGCGUUCGAAUCAGAUCCUUUUGCUGAAGCACAGGAAGGAGGUGCGUUCGAAUCAGAUCCUUUUGCUGAAGCACAGGAAGGAGGUGCGUUUGAAUCAGAUCCUUUUGCUGAAGCACAGGAAGGAGGUGCGUUCGAAUCAGAUCCUUUUGCUGAAGCACAGGAAGGAGGUGCGUUUGAAUCAGAUCCUUUUGUCGAAGCACAGGAAGGAGGCUACAGAUGCUGGCUUUGUGGCUGACUGGUCUGCAGAUUUUGGAUCAAUGACAGUGGAUGAAGAUGUUGCUGCAGGGCCAGAGGAAGUGCAGGGUGGAGAACAGGGUGGAGGCCAUGGCUGGCUUCCUGCUGGAGAUACAGCUACUCUGUCUCAGACACAAGCCAUUGAGCCACACACAGCAGCUGGAGAUGAGGUAAUCAAUACAUUUAAUGGAUUUCCACAGGAUGCAGGUGCUUCAUCAUUUUUUGCUGACUUUGAUAAGGUGGAUGAGCCAGCUGAGGCUUCUCCACCCUCACCAAAACAAGUCGAUGAAGUACAAGAGAAGUCUUCAGCGUUCCCGGCUGGACAGAUGGAGGAACCAACAGUGCUUCCCACUGCAGAGGUGGAUGAGCCUGUAGAGAUGUGGGCUCAAGGGGUGGAAGAAUCUCAACAACCACCCGUUGAAGAGGCAGAUACAACAGAAAGCUCUGACAGUGCAAAAGAGGACAAACUUUCUGAGAAGAUGCCAAUCCCUUCAGUGGUAAUUGAACCUGCUUCCAGCAAUGAAGGUGAUGAUGACCGUGAUGCUGACAUCAUCUCUCCCACCACAAUCAGUGACAACGGAGUGCCAACUGAAAACCAGACCAUUAAACACAGGAGUGCAUCUGGAGGAGCAUCUGCUCUUCCUAACGAUUAUCUGUACAAGGUGGAGACAAUGCAUGACUUUGAGGCUGCAAACUCAGAUGAACUGGAGUUGAAAAGGGGUGAUGUGGUACUGGUGGUUCCAACUGCAUCAGCAGAAGAUCAGGAUGCUGGAUGGCUCACGGGAAUUAAAGAAACUGAGUGGUUAACACUUGGACCUGGAGCUCAAAGAGGGCUUUUCCCAGAAAACUUCACCCAACGCAUGGUGUAGUAACGCUCUGCAUGGAGA